AUGGCCUUGAGGAAUGUCGAGGCCACCCUGCUAAGAAGGAGUCCAGUGUGCGACUGGCAGAGUGAGGUGCGGGGGCUGGACGUGACCCAGGUGACACAGGUGACCCUCGAGUAUCGCGCCAAGGUGGACUACCUGAUGAGCGCCACGGAGCACAAUGACGUGCUGCUCCACCUGCAUGGCCUCGUCACUCACCUGCAGGACAAGCUACCGGUGCUGGAGGCUCUCACGGAUUCUGCUCUGCGACCAAGGCACUGGGAGGAGAUUGAUGCCGCCCUAAGCCAGCCGCUUCCGUCUGCCUUCACCUUGGCACAUGUGGACGAGCGCAGGCUGCACGAGCACGCCCACACCCUGCAGCAGGUGGCCCACACGGCGCAGCUACAAAGGGAAAUGGAGAACCGCCUCAACCAGGUCAGUCCCGUAUUCCGCAUUACUAAGGAAAGAAAGAUAGAAGCGGUUAAACAAUUAUGA